AUGGCACCUUCUGAGGCUUUGUAUGGAAGGCCAUGUCGAUCAACUACAUGUUGGACGGAGGUAGAAGAUGCACCAUUGUUAGGGCCAAGGUUGGUGAAAGAGACCACAGAGAAGGUGAACAUUAGUCGAGAACGUAUUAAGACUGCACAGAGACGUCAGAAGAGUUACGCUGAUAGAAAACAUAAGGGGGUUGAGUUGAAUGUUAGAGAUUUUGGGUUUUUGAAGGUCUCGCCGAUAAAAGGUAUCAUGCGGUUCGGAAAGAAUGGAAAGUUGGCACCUAGAUUUAUGGGACCAUACGAGAUCACUGAGAGGAUUGGUAAUGUAGCUUACAAAUUAGUCUUACCACCUGCUUUAGUUAUGAUUCACAACGUGUUCCAUGUAUCUUUAUUGCAGAAAUGUGUGCAAGACCCUUCCCAAAUAGCAUCACUAGAAUUGUUGGAGAUUAGUGACAAUCUAACAUAUGUGGUGCGACCGGUUACUAUUCUAGACCGAGAUGUAAAGUAG